ACCGCUGUUCUCCUCUCCUCAAAUCCGGAUUGAGGGAGGACACUACAAGAAAGUGGCCAUUCGAUAAUCCAUAUACGUCUAUCCUUCUAUGCCGACUCUCCCAGAUCUGGAAGGUCCUUCCUCUUUAACUAUGAUAUAAGCUCCUCAAUUCACUUUGCUAUCUGAUUUCAUUGCUGAAAUCGAACUUCAUCUAUUCCUCCAGAUCUACAUUUUCAACAUUUUCGUUCCGCUUUUUGAUUCGGGAAGUUUCUGUAGAUCCGUCGAUCAUGGAUUUUAUGAAGGUUUUUGAUCAAACUGUUCGAGAAAUAAAGAGGGAGGUGAAUUUGAAGGUCUUGAAGGUUCCUGAGAUGGAACAGAAGGUACUGGAUGCGACGGAUAAUGAACCUUGGGGUCCUCAUGGCACCGCGUUAGCAGAGAUAGCACAGGCUACAAAGAAAUUUACUGAGUGUCAGAUGGUUAUGUCUGUUUUGUGGACAAGAUUGGCCGAGUCUGGCAAGGACUGGCGCCAUGUGUAUAAGGCAUUGGCUGUCAUAGAGUAUUUGGUAGCACAUGGAUCGGAACGUGCAGUUGAUGACAUUAUAGAACAUACUUUCCAAAUCUCAUCACUCUCAAGUUUUGAAUAUGUUGAGCCAAACGGGAAGGAUAUGGGAAUAAAUGUGAGGAAGAAGGCUGAAAGCAUUGUGGCCCUUUUGAAUAAUAAGGAAAAAAUACAAGAAGUUAGAAAUAAAGCCGCUGCAAACCGUGAUAAGUACUUUGGACUUUCUUCCACUGGAAUUACAUACAAGUCAGGUUCGGCCACAUCUAGUAGUGGCGGCUAUGGAAGUGCUGCCAGAGAUGGCGAUAGGUUUAGUGACAGUUACAGAGACAGGGAUCAAUAUGGAGAAGAGAAGUAUGAGAAGGAUACUUUUGGGAAGUCCCGUCUUGGGGUUACAAGCGAUAAACGGGGGAAUACUUUGAAGAAGGGUUCUACACGCAAUGGAAGUAAGGAUGAAAACAAUAUUUCAUCAAAUGCAUCAAAGUCGUCAACUAAAUUGUAUGACUCUGAUAAGUACGGUUCAAUUCCCUCUCAAAGUUCAAGUGUCCCUUCAAAUAAUUACGAGGAUGAGUUUGAUGAUUUUGAUCCGCGUGGAACUGCUAAGGCUGCUGCUGGAAGCUCUAACGAGUUAGAUCUGUUUGGCCAAAAUUUGGUUGGUGACCUCUUGGAUGCUCCAACAUCUGUUCCCACAGAAAAGCCAGUCAUGAAGAGUAGUUCAUCAGAGGUUGAUCUGUUUGCAGAUGCAACGUUUGUAUCAGCAUCACCCCACAUAGAAAAGGCACCAAAUUCUCAAACUCAGACUGAGGUUGAUCUAUUUGCUUCCCAGCCUGCCACGGCUUCUUCAGUUUCUUCAGUAGUUGAUCCUUUUGCUAUCCCUGAUCCCGUUGUGCAGCCACAAAUUAAAGCUUCCAACCCUGCACCGACAGAUUCUAACAUUGUUGAUCCCUUUGCUGCUGUUCCCCUUAACAAUUUCGAUGGAUCUGAUUUCUUUGGUGCAUUCACUCAUUCUGGUUCAGCAUCUUCGGAACCCUCACAGAAUGAUGUCAAUGAUGGAAACAAUAAUUUGGGUGGAAAGUCUUCGGCAGACUCUAGUGCUCCACUGAAAAAGGAUACUUUCCAGGUGAAGUCAGGAAUUUGGUCUGAUUCACUGAACCGCGGACUGAUCGACCUUAAUAUAUCUGCUCCCAAGAAGGUAUCCUUGGCUGAUGUAGGUGUAGUGGGUGGAUUAAGUGAUGGAUUCGAUGAAAGAGAGAAGGGACCCUCAACUUCGUAUUACAUGGGGCGAGCAAUGGGUGCCGGAUCCGGUCUUGGUAGAUCCAAUUUCACAUCUUCACAGGCAAUGGGUGGGAAUGACAUCUUCUCCGACCGUAGUCGCCAACAAUACCAAUUCGGUGAUUUCCAGAAGUAAUUGUUUUUUGUCCUUUCUCUGCUCUCUCCUUGUUCUCCUUUAAUAUUCUUUUGCAUAAUUGGCAACUACAUUGGAAAUCAUUGAGCAUAUUAGUGUGCUCAGCUUGUUACACUAUACACAAGCAUUAUUAUGAUUUGAGAAUGUAUUUGGUCA